CUGAUCAUUUUGAACUUAUUUGUGUAUUUUAUUUUAAAAUUCAAUGCGAGAAUGUCUACCGAGAGCCAGAUUUUUGGUUUAUAAUUGUUUCGUAUUGUGUGUCUUCAAUUUCUUCACGCUAACUUCAUCAUUUCAAUUUGAAAGAAAACGAUGACAGAUGAGUAUGCAGCUGUUAAAAGAGGGAAGUUGGUUUUGAAGGGAGACAAACCUAAAGCAAAAAAACGCAAGCACAAGAGAGGUGACAAAGGAGAUGAAGCAAAGGUGGACGAGGACUGUGUCAAGCAUGGCGGAUGGUGGAGAGUGACAGCAGCCGAAGAGAUCACGGGAUCUGUUGCCAUUGAGUUUGGCAGAAACACCUAUGUCUCUGCUCUAGAUAAUGGUUUAUUUACAAUAGGGGCACCGCAUGACGAGGGUGAUGGGCCAUCACCCGAAGAGAUAUUCACUGCAUUCCCCGCUGGAGACAAUAAGUUCGCACUAAAAUCGGGCUACGGCAAAUACCUCGGGGUCACCAAGGACGGAAUGGUGGUCGGCAGGUCUGAUGCCGUGGGCCCCAUGGAGCAGUGGGAGCCUGUGUUCCAAGAUGGUCGGACGGCAAUCCUGAGUGCACUCAACAAGUUCGUGUCAGUGGAUGCGGCGGAGGACGCGGUGGUGGCGCAGCUGAGCGGCGCCGACGAGCGCGCACACUGCGCAGUGCGCACCGCCCGCCCGCGCGCCGCCGCCCCGCGCCCCGCCGACGCAGACGACACAGACGUAGGCGACCUCACCACGCUCGAACUCAACUACGUAAAAAAAUAUCAAAAGUUUCAAGACAAGAAGGUGCGUGUGUCGGAGGAGGGCGCGGGCUCGCUGGCGGCGGCGCGGGCUCGGGGCGCGCUGCACGAGGCGCUGCUGGACCGCCGCGCGCGCCUCAAGGCCGACCGCUACUGCAAGUAGCCGCUGCUGGACCGCCGCGCGCGCCUCAAGGCCGACCGCUACUGCAAGUAGCCGCUGCUGGACCGCCGCGCGCGC